GUGAAAACAAGAGCCAAUAAAAAAAAAAGAUGGUGGACAUAGACGACUCUUUGCAGGAAAUCAAGAACGAGAAUGUCGAUCUUGAGCGAAUUCCCGUUGAAGAAGUGUUUCAGCAGUUGAAAUGCACCAAGGAAGGCUUGACCACCGAGGAAGGGCUGAAGAGACUGCAAAUCUUUGGCCCAAACAAACUGGAAGAGAAAAGUGAAAGCAAGUUUUUGAAGUUCUUGGGAUUCAUGUGGAAUCCUCUGUCAUGGGUUAUGGAGAUUGCAGCAAUUAUGGCCAUUGCUUUGGCCAAUGGAGGAGGCAAGCCCCCAGAUUGGCAAGAUUUCGUUGGUAUCACCGCAUUGCUUAUCAUCAACUCCACCAUUAGUUUCAUUGAGGAGAACAAUGCGGGCAAUGCUGCGGCCGCACUUAUGGCCGGUCUUGCUCCCAAAACCAAGGUCUUACGAGAUGGGAAAUGGAGUGAGCAAGAAGCUGCUAUUUUGGUACCGGGAGAUAUCAUCAGCAUCAAGUUGGGAGAUAUUAUCCCGGCAGAUGCUCGUCUCCUCGAAGGAGAUUCGCUCAAGGUCGAUCAAUCUGCCUUAACUGGUGAGUCUUUGCCGGUAAACAAGAACCCGGGUGACGGGGUAUUCUCGGGUUCUACUGUCAAGCAAGGUGAGCUUGAAGCUGUUGUUAUCGCUACCGGCGUUCAUACCUUCUUUGGUAAAGCUGCGCACCUGGUAGAUAGCACAAACAAUGUAGGGCACUUCCAGAAGGUGCUGACAGCAAUCGGGAACUUCUGCAUAUGCUCAAUUGCAUUGGGCAUGUUUAUUGAGAUUAUAGUGAUGUAUCCGAUCCAGCGUCGAAAAUAUAGGGAUGGAAUUGAUAAUCUCUUGGUGCUUCUCAUCGGAGGGAUUCCUAUCGCCAUGCCAACAGUUUUAUCAGUCACAAUGGCCAUUGGGUCUCACCCUUCUCAACAAGGAGCUAUUACAAAGAGAAUGACAGCUAUUGAGGAAAUGGCAGGAAUGGAUGUACUCUGCAGUGACAAGACUGGGACACUUACUCUAAACAAGCUUACUGUAGACAAGAGCAUGGUUGAGGUUUUUGCAAAGGAUGUUGACAAGGAAAUGCUCCUUUUACUCGCGGCAAGGGCCUCAAGGGUUGAGAACCAAGAUGCUAUUGAUGCCUGCAUUGUUGGAAUGCUAGGUGACCCUAAGGAGGCUAGAGAGGGUAUCACUGAGGUGCAUUUCUUCCCUUUUAACCCGGUUGACAAGCGUACAGCCAUGACAUAUAUUGACUCUGAUGGCUCCUGGCAUCGAGUCAGCAAAGGUGCACCAGAGCAGAUUAUUGAACUCUGCGUCCUUCGAGCAGAUGUUAAGAAGAAAGCUCAUGAUAUCAUUGAUAAAUUUGCUGAUCGUGGACUUCGUUCUCUUGGUGUGGCUAGACAAACUGUUCCCGAGAAAACCAAGGACAGCCCAGGAAGUCCCUGGGAGUUUGUGGGUCUUUUACCUCUUUUCGAUCCUCCAAGACAUGAUAGUGCCGAGACAAUUCGUCGUGCACUCCAUCUUGGUGUCAAUGUCAAGAUGAUAACUGGUGAUCAGCUGGCAAUUGGUAAGGAAACCGGUAGGAGGCUCGGCAUGGGAACCAACAUGUAUCCAUCAUCGGCACUCCUAGGCCAAAAUAAAGAUGAAAGAGUUGACACAGUCGACGUUGAUGAGCUUAUUGAAAAGGCUGAUGGCUUUGCUGGAGUUUUCCCAGAGCACAAAUAUGAGAUUGUGAAGAGGCUACAAGAAAGGAAGCAUAUUUGUGGCAUGACCGGAGAUGGUGUGAAUGACGCACGCCUUAAGAAGGCGGACAUUGGAAUAGCAGUCGACGAUGCAACUGAUGCUGCUCGAAGUGCAUCAGAUAUAGUAUUAACAGAACCUGGACUGAGUGUGAUUGUUAGUGCUGUUUUAACAAGCAGAGCAAUUUUUCAGAGAAUGAAAAACUAUACCAUCUAUGCUGUCUCCAUCACUAUCCGUAUCGUGCUCGGUUUCAUGCUCCUUGCUCUUAUUUGGAAGUUUGACUUCUCCCCUUUCAUGGUUUUGAUCAUUGCUAUACUUAACGACGGAACUAUUAUGACCAUCUCCAAGGACAGGGUUAAGCCAUCUCCUAUGCCUGACUCAUGGAAGCUCAAGGAGAUCUUUGCCACUGGCGUUGUCCUUGGAACCUAUCUUGCUUGCAUGACUGUUGUUUUCUUCUCUGCUAAUGGAUCCGAUUUCUUUCCGGAGAAGUUUGGGGUAAAAUCCAUUCAGAACAACCAGGAUGAACUUACAGCAGCUGUCUAUCUCCAAGUGAGUAUAGUGAGCCAGGCACUCAUCUUUGUCACUCGAUCUCGGAGCUGGUCUUUUAUCGAGCGUCCUGGUCUCUUGCUAGUGGUUGCUUUCGUUCUAGCACAACUGGUGGCUACUGUGCUCGCUGUUUAUGCAAACUGGGAAUUCGCUAGAAUUAAAGGCAUUGGAUGGGGUUGGGCUGGUGUUAUUUGGCUCUACAGUUUAGUUACCUACUUCCCACUCGAUGUUCUCAAGUUCAUAACCCGGUAUUCGUUAAGCGGAAAGGCCUGGGAUAAUCUUCUUCAGAACAAGACCGCUUUCACAACAAAGAAGGAUUACGGAAAGGGAGAGAGGGAAGCACAAUGGGCAACGGCGCAACGGACCCUUCAUGGAUUGCAAGCUCCCGGAACCGAAGAAAUCUUGAACGAGAAGAGCAGCUACCGAGAGUUGUCAGAGAUCGCCGAACAAGCCAUGAAGCGCGCAGAAGUAGCAAGGUUGAGGGAGCUUCAUACGCUGAAAGGACAUGUCGACUCAGUUGUGAAACUCAAAGGACUCGACAUUGAGACCAUCAAUCAAAACUACACUGUCUAAGAGGUGCCACACAUUGGAAAUUUUUAUUUUUUCUUUAUUAGUUGUUUCUGGAAUAACAGAGUGGCAACAUUAAAGACAAGCUUCAUAGCAGGUCUUCUUGUCACCAUCAAUGUAAUAAAGAAAAAUUAUUCUUCCGUUUAAUGGUUGAAGGAAUAUUUCACGAAACUCCAA